AUGACAAAGUACGUUGGGUGCAUUGAUAUUCACGGUGGUCAGGUGAAACAAAUAGUGGGCGGAACUUUGGAGAAAGAUGACAGAGAAGAGGAUGUAUCGCAGUCGCUGGCUACCAACUUCGUUAGUGAAAAACCCUCAUCAUACUACGCCCAGUUGUACAAAGACAACAAUGUCACGAGCACACAUGUGAUAAAGCUUGGAUCGCUCGAGACAAAUGACGAGGCAGCAAGAGAGGCUCUUAGGACUUGGCCAAACCACAUGCAGAUUGGAGGAGGCAUCAACGAUACCAACGCUGCUGAAUGGAUCGCAUUAGGGGCCUCGAAGGUGAUUAUAACAUCGUGGCUAUUUCCGCAGGGAGAAUUUAGUCUACAGAGACUACAGAAGAUCAGCGGACAGAUAGGCAAGGAUAGACUGGUUGUGGACUUGAGUUGUCGCAAGAGAAUAGAAGGUGGAAAAGUGGAAUGGGUGGUAGCUAUGAACAAAUGGCAGACUCUAACCAGCACUGUCUUGAACAGAAGUCUUUUCGAUCUCUUGGAGCAGUAUUGCUCGGAGUUUUUAGUUCAUGCCGCCGAUGUUGAGGGAUUGUGUCAGGGUAUAGACCAGGAUCUCGUGAAGAAGCUGAGUGAAUGGACUGAUUUCCCCAUGACAUAUGCCGGAGGAGCCAAAAGUUUGGAGGAUCUGAGAUUGGUGGACAAUUUGAGUAAUGGCAAAGUGGAUCUAACUUUUGGAAGUGCUUUGGACAUUUUUGGUGGCAAUCUAGUUAAGUUUGAAGACUGUUGCGAAUGGAACAGAUUGAGGAAGUAG